AUGAAGUACCUCGAAUACCCCGAGCUCGAGCUCCUCUCGCGCGCCCUCACCUUUGAGUCGGCAGAGUGCAAGGUCUUCACCCGCAUGGAGGCCUACUCGUGCAAGACUGUGACCAAGGAGAAGCGCCUCUUCAAGAGCCUCGAGUCGUCCUACCUCCGCUCCGCCUCGACCUCGCCCCCUGACUACCUCGAAGAGGCCCUCGCAUCGCCCUUUGGCCGCCUCGACCAGCCCUCGGCGCGCAAGACCCUCUUCCUGCUGAUCGCCACGCUCAACGUCGCCUUCCCGGAUCACGACUUUAGCGAGGUCAACCCGACCGACUUCCGGCGCGAGAUCAGCCCCGCCAUGGUCCUCAACAGCUUGAGCACCACUCUCCUCAGCCUCAAGACGACGUCCAAUGCGCCGCGCUCCUACAGCUCGCUCUCUGGCUCGUUUGAAGAGACCGCCCUGACCACGUCAUCCCCCGGCGGCUUCUCGUUUGGGCCGGACGCGUCAAAGACGCUCAACCUGCCGCCCCUCAUCACCCACCCGGCCCUCUCGAGCAUCCUCGACGACAUCAUGAACGUGUCCGAGUGCGAGGUGUUCACGUUCCAUCCGGACAUGGACUCGGAUCCGCACGCCAGCGCCGAGCCCGAGGAGGAGGGCGACUUUGGCGACGACGACCCCUUCGACGACUACUGGGACGGCGACGACGCCGACAUGCGCGACGAGGGCACGCCUCGCCCGCGAGGCGCCGACGACGACGACGACGAGAUGGUCGACGACCCCAUGUUUGACGAGGACGUCUACGGCGGCGGCCUAGGCGGCGGCGAGAGGGACGGCAACACGAGCGCCACCUCGAUGAGCUCCGGUCCGCGCACGCCCGGCAGCCACAAUGUCGCGCUGCCCUCGCGCGGCUUCUCCCCGUCCAAGGCGCGCUUCGGCGUCGAGAGCGGCAGCUACUCGUCGUUUGACGACGCGUCCGGAUUCGUCGAAGACGACGACUUGGACGGCACGGGCGCCGGCCUGCUCUGGUCGACGUUUGCGUUCUUCUACAACCGCAAGAUGAAGCGGAUUCUCUUUGUCUCGGUGUGGAGCCGCAAGAAUUCGCGCAUCGGGCUGCCCAGCCAUUCCUGGGGCUACCCGCAACCGACGACGAUGCUGGGGACGUCGUUCAGCUCGCCACCGCUGGCGCCAACGAGCGUGACGAAGGCGACGCCGCGGAGGACGUCUCCGACCAGGGGCGCCGGGGCAGCGCGGACCCGGUCCGGGGCGGCAGCGCAGAAGAAGACAUCGCCGCGCACCGCAUCGCCUGCCAAGCGGGCCAUCGCGCGCACCGACUCGGCCACGUCGCUUCCCGGCGGUGGCGGCGGCGGCGCUAUCCAGCGCGGCCGGCAUUCGCGAGCUGCCUCGGGCAGCCCGGCGCCAUCGGCGCUGUCGCCCUUUCCGCACGCAUCUCCGCGCGCCCCGUCGCGGACGCAGGACGCCAUCCACCCGGCCGGUGGCGGCCGCAUCUCGCUCGGUGGCAAGGCGAGUGCAGGCACCUUUGCCAGCCUCGACGGGGCCGUGCUCAGCGCCAGCGCGCCCGCGUCCGGGCUGAGCAGCAUGUCCAAGGCGCCGACGACGGCGACCUCACCGACGGGCGCUAGCCGGUCCAAGCGGAGCGGCGAAGCGCCUGCUGGCGGGUCCGUCGAGCAAAAGCGGGCGAGGAAGCAGGCUGCCUAG